CACACAACUUUCCACUGCAUCUCAUCACCUCCACAGACUGGACGCAUCAUCUCACGCUCUGGGAAUGGGAUCUUUACUGGGUUCAAAGAAAAACUUUGAGUUCUUUCGAAUUUACGCGCUGCAGAGGCUACUUUUCAAAUUGCAGGGAUAGUUGUUGUUACUGCAGGUGCAGAGUGACAGCAGCAAGAGCCAGGGAUAGUUGUUACUGCAGGUGCAGAGUGACAGCAGCAAGAGCCACUACUGGCCAAUGACUUCCAAGGAGCACCAGAAGUUGUCAGGGAGUUUCAGACUCUAGGAAUCUGUUUAACAACACGAAGUAGGAGCUGUCUGAGUUUGACGAUUAGGGGAUUCUUGUCAUUUCAGACCACAUUACUUCAACCGAGGCGUGCGUAAAAUAUCUGUGCGUAAAGUUGGUCCAAAGAUAGUUUAAAGACAACAGGUUUGUUAACUUUUAAAUUUGUGAGAAGUGACAGCCAUGGCGAGAUGGUUCAGAGAUUUUCCCAUCAACCUGAAGAACAGCAACGAAAGGGUCCGCUCGGCGUCUGAAUCUGGUUCACAAACUCGACACAAAUCCUCGUUUUCUCGUGACAGCCUGCGCAAAGAUGGGGGAGUGGGGGGUUUAUUGGCAGGGAGAAAUAGGAAAAAUUCGGCUACAGAAUUGGGUCGCAACAACGCUGGUUCUGGUGGCACCAUCUGGGAUACUCUCACACCAAAAGGACGAAAGAACUCCAAGGUGGAGACUGGGACAUCAGAUGAGAACCGCCAGGUCAGGACCUCGAGUUUGGCGCAAGUGUACAUCAGCAGGAUGAUCAAAGUGGACAAACAAGACAAGACCCCCAAACUCAACGGGAUAAGUGAGCAGAAGCUGCCCGAGAACGAAAAGGAAAGAUCUGACAUUAAAACAACGCUGAUUAUCCUGGAGGACUACGCAGAUCCUUUUGACGCAGAGAAAACCAAGGAGCAGAGGGAGGCUGAGAGAGCAGGAGUAAAUGACGGAUACAUGGAGCCCUAUGAUGCUCAGGUCAUCAUCACAGAGGUUCGUAGACGAGGCUCCAAAGACCUCCUGAAAGUGUGCGUGCUGCUGGACCGAGGAAAGAGAGAGGGGAAGGGAGACCAGGGAAAACCCUCGCCCCCGAACAUCUACGACACGCCGUACGAGGGCGGGCUGGAAGGCGACAGUGGUGGGGUGUGGAUACCUGUCACACGGCCAGAGUCUGACGUCCGUCCCGCCGGAGAGUACGAGCUGCCCUGGGAGUGGAGAAAGGAGGACAUUGUUAGAGCGCUGUCAGCUCAGUUCGAGGCGGUGGAUUGUUCUCCCACUAAAGAGAACGGUUCAACCUUCGCACGCCAGCAGCAGCAGCAGCAACAGCAACAGCAGCAGCAGCAACAACAAACCCUGAGGCAGAAGAACUGGAACCAUAAGAUACUCGUGCCAUCUUCUCCAUCUUCUUCCUCUUCUCCCUCCUUUCCCUCCUCUCCUAUUCUCAAACUCUCCCCUCUGACGCCCCCAUCUCCCUCUUUCCCCACCCUCAAACUCUCGCCCUCUUCUAGUCCUAUAAAACUCUCCCCUCCGUCUCCCACCUCCCCCAACGCCCCGCUGGAUGGGGACGCAGCCAAGGUGGACCCCGGCCUGCCCCUGGAGAAGCAAAGCUGGUAUCACGGCAGUGUGAGCCGGCAACAGGCUGAGGCUCAGCUGCAGCGCUGCAGGGAGGCCAGCUUCCUGGUGAGGGACAGCGAAUCAGGAACCAGCAAGUACUCCAUCGCUCUGAAGACCAGUCAGAGUUGUGUGCACAUCAUCGUGGCCCAGACGAAGAGCGUCAAGGGUUUGGGCUUCACGCUGGAUCAGAUCAGUUGCGUCUUCUCCAGCAUCCCUGAGCUGGUGCACCACUACUGCACACACAGACUGCCUUUCACUGGAGCAGAGCACAUGACCCUGCAGCAUCCUGUUCCCAGGCCGCACUGAACAUGCGUAAAGGACGAACAAACACACUGGGGCAUAAAUACACAAAUGCAGACACAUUAACUUGUCAACACAUGUGCGCACACACACAAAGAUAUGCUGCUUUGGAUCGUCCUGCGUAUUACCUUGUUAAAGCUGCAGUGGGUAGAAAUGGAGCAAAUAUGAUUUAAAAAAGUUAUUUUUAUGAAACGGUCAGUAUAUCCUGACAGUAGUGCAUGAGACAGGUAAUCUGAAAAAUUAUCAUGUGCCUCUG